AUGGAGGCUAUAAUUCAUAAAAACGACACGAUUCUCAAAUGUUUGAUAGAAGCUGGCGCGCAGGUAAAUUACGCCAAUAGCAAAGGCCUGACGCCCCUCCUCGUGGCCUGCAACACGGGCAACAUCGUGGCCUUGAAUAAUCUGCUGUCUCACAAUGCCGUCGCCGAUGCGAGAACGAUCGAAGGGAAUCUGGGAGCGCUGCAUUUUCUCACGGCGAGCAAGUUCAGGCAACCAUACAAAAUGUCGUCACUAAUAUUCUGCUAUUAUGCCCAGAAGCUUUACCAGGCUGGGGCUAACAUCGACGGUCAGGAUAGUGAAGGACAGACGCCGUUACAUUACGCGAUGAAGACCAACGAUUUUGAAAUAUUCAAACUUUACAUCGAUCUCAAGGCGACAACCUCGUUCCUAACUAGCGACAACAACACGAUGCUGCACGAGCUGAUGGUGGAUUCUGGACAGCUGACUAACGAUCAGGAACAAAUGGCAGAGAUACUACUGAACGAAGGAGCCAAUAUAAAUGCGGUCAACGAUAAAAGCGAAGGACCACUGCAUUGUGCAAUAGUUAGCGGCCGACGGAAAAAAGUUGAGUUUCUGCUGAAGCACGGAGCCGAUCAUGAUAGAUGGUGGUCGAAUAGUCUAGGUUCGGCGCUACAUCUCGACAACGACUGGAGCGUCGGCUGCGACCGUUCGGCAACCUGCUCCGCGACUCAUCAUCCGGACGAGCUGACGCUGCUCAACUCGGCCAUAAAGCUCGGCAAAGUCGAGGUCGUUGAAUACCUCAUACAAUACUUGGGAUUCGAGGAGGUCGAGCGGCCGAAUCGAAUUGAUAGUCACGAUGCCGUCAAAACGCCUCUGUUUUAUGCGCUUCCAUCGGUGGAGAUAGUUCAAAUUUUAUUGGAUGCUGGUGCCAACUGCAAAAGAGAAGUAUUGCACGAGUCGUCGCUUUUCGACUUGGCGGUCCAGCAGGGCUUCAAAGAGUCGCUGGCGCUGUUACUGGAGCACGGAGCCAUUAACGAGGCGAUGUACUGCGAGGGUUACCUGCCACUCCAGUGCUCGUUGAGACUAUCACGAGAGUCGACCAGGAGGAGUCAGCUCCUCGUCCAGCUGAAUCUGCGGAUAUACACGAUAACCCUCGACUCGCUGGAACAGCUGGCGCACGACGAGAAGGCUCCCUGGCUCACAAUGUUCAGCCAUGAGUGCCAGAACGAGCUCAACCGAAUGCGCGAAUACCGCUUCAGCAACGACACAUCCUGCUCGGUCUACAGGAUCUUCACGUUACGUGACAUCGACAGCAGCCUGGAAGUGGACCUGACCUCCCGCGAUAUCGAGUGGGUGUUCUACGAGCACGAGCGCCGGAAUCGGUAUCCGAUUUACGCCGACAUGCUCGGCAAGAGAUUCGAGUUCAUACGCGAGCGCCAGAUAGCUCGCGCAAAAGGCAUCUACGUACUGAAUGUCUACUUGGAACCGAUCAUCCAGCAGCUUACCUCGAUGAACAAUCGUCUGCCGGAGCCGAUCGCCCAGCAGCUUAUCUUGGAGAAAUGUCGUCUGCCAAAGCCGAUUCUGAAUGCGAUAAUACGGAAUUUUUCCAAUACCGAUAUAAACUGGAGCUACGAGCAUUUAAAGCCUCUUUAA